AUGGUACAGAGAGACGAAGAAAAGCCAGAAGACGUGCCACGUGUCGCAAUACGUGAAAAUUAUCCUGUCACAGACUUGGGUAGAGGCAUAGUGGGAUGGGAUGAUCAGAGCGAUCCUUUGAACCCAAGUCCCUUCGCAUCCUCAGUUUUUGCACCUGCUGCGGCAGAUGCUGAUCGAACAUUCGAUAACACCUCGUCUAUACUGGGGUCCCUUACAGUGACAUCCUAUUUAUUUGGCUACGGUUUUGGUCCGUUGUUCCUGUCGCCUUUGAGUGAAAUGUACGGACGGAGAAUAAUCCUCAACAUUUCAACGUCUUUCUUCGUCCUAUUCCAAAUUGGAUGUGCACUUGCACCGAAUCUCUCCGCGUUGAUCGUCUUUAGGCUUCUAACUGGAAUAGGAGGGUCUGCAUGCUUAACCAUUGGGGGUGGCGUUGUAUCCGACUUGUUUGAACCGGAACAACGUGGUAUGGCCAUGUCGAUCUUCGGCGCUGGGCCUCUAUUUGGGCCCGUCCUUGGACCUAUUUGCGGUGGAUUUAUAGCGCAAAGAGCUGGGUGGAGAUGGGUGUUCUGGGUUCUUGUAAUCGCAGGUGGCUCAUUUACACUUUUUGUUAUGAUAUUCAACCGCGAGACAAACCCAGUUAUUCUCGUACGACGCAAAACAGUGCUCCUGCGGAAGGAACUUGGCCGUUCUGAUCUUCGCAGCUGCUACGAGAAAGCAGGAGAGGGCGAUGCUGAGAAAGGGAAAGCCAAAGCAACUCAUUUCCUACGCAGCCUGAGCACCCCAUUUCAACUUUUGUUUCGCUCUCCCAUAGUGUCAAUUAUCGCUAUGUAUAUUGCCACGGUGUAUGGCUGCCUUUACCUUCUUUUGACGACCAUAACAACCGCCUUCAAAGAUACCUAUAACUGGAGUAUAGAGAGCAGUGGGCUGGCCUACCUUGGUCUCGGUAUAGGGUUCAUAUUCGGACAGCUUGUUUUCGGCAUGCUGAGCGAUAGAGUCGUCAUUCGACUCAAAGCUCAGAACGGAGAUGUCUUCGAGCCCGAAAUGCGCCUACCACUCUGCAUAUUUUUCGCCCUGUUUGUCCCAGUCUCAUUUUUCUGGUAUGGCUGGUCAUUACAGGCCAAAGCACACUGGAUUGUGCCCAUAAUCGGUCUCUUCCCUUUUGCCUUCGGCCUGGUUGGCAUAUUCGGAACAUUGCAGACGUACAUCAUUGACUCGUAUCCGCGAUAUGCUGCUUCAGGCAUAGCAGCGAUAACCGUCUCUCGGUCCCUUGUUGGCGCACUUUUGCCCCUUGCUGGACCUACCAUGUACCGGGCACUUGGGUAUGGCUGGGGGAAUUCAUUGCUUGGAUUUAUAACGCUGGCAAUGCUUCUCAUGCCGAUUAUUUUCAAUCGUGUCGGGGCCUCGCUGAGGAAAAGUGUGACGCUGGACUUGAAAUGA